AUGGCCAAUUCAAUUUCUCUUACAUGCCUUUUGCUGGUUUAUAUCGUGUACAUGGGGGACCGUCCACAGGGAGAUUUCUCAGUUUCAUCCCGUCAUUCAAGCAUGUUACAAGAAGCAGUUGGCAGCAAAAGGGCGUCAGAUUCUCUGCUCUACAGUUACAAGAGAAGCUUCAAUGGUUUCGUAGCAAAGCUGACCGAGGAAGAGAAGGAAAGAUUAGCCAGCAUGGACGGUGUAGUUUCUGUUUUCCCAAAUGGCAAAAGAGAACUCCACACAACAAGGUCGUGGGAUUUCGUGGGGUUUCCCCGGAAUGCUCCCAGAAAAACGGCUGAGAGCGAUAUCAUCGUAGGAAUGCUGGAUACUGGAGUUUGGCCAGAAUCAAAGAGCUUCGAUGACACAGGAUUUGGUCCAGCUCCUAGCAAAUGGAAAGGCACUUGCGAAACCUCCAAAAACUUCACCUGUAACAACAAAAUAAUUGGAGCAAAACAUUAUCGGGCAGAUGGCCAAGUUCCAGAUGUAGACAUUCCCUCACCAAGAGAUUCGGAAGGUCAUGGAUCCCACACAGCGUCCACAGCUGCAGGUCGCUUGGUAAGCAAGGCAAGCUUGUUUGACCUGGGCUCGGGAACAGCUCGAGGAGGCGUGCCUUCUGCUAGGAUAGCUGUGUACAAAAUUUGCUGGUCCGAUGGUUGCUACGAUUCGGAUAUUCUUGCAGCAUUUGAUGAUGCUAUUGCUGAUGGAGUUGACAUUAUAUCUCUCUCAAUCGGCGGCUCUUUUCCUUUGAACUACUUCGAAGAUACCAUUGCCAUCGGAGCUUUCCAUUCUAUGAAACAUGGAAUACUCACAUCAAAUUCAGCAGGUAAUUCAGGACCUGGUGCCUCGUCAAUCACGAAUUUCUCGCCUUGGUCCCUCUCGGUGGCUGGCAGUGUUACUGAUAGGAAGUUUGUGACAAACGUGCUCCUGGGAAACAAAAAUGUCUACCAGGGAGUCUCUGUGAAUACUUUCCAGCUUCAUGAUGAGUUGUACCCGCUUGUUUAUGGAGGGGAUGUCCCAAAUGUAGCAGCCGGUUUUGAUUCAUCAGAUUCCAGGUACUGCAUAUACAACUCCCUGGACGUAACCAAAGUGAAUGGAACGAUUGUGGUCUGUGACAACCUGAAUGAUGGGACAACAACACUUGAUGCAGGUGCUACUGGCACUAUAAUGCAAGAUGGAGGCAACAAAGAUUUUGCCUUCUCUUUCCCCUUGCCUGUAUCUUAUCUAAGUACACGAGACGGAACUACAAUUUUAAACUACAUUAACUCCACGAGUGAGCCCACUGCAGUUAUUCAAAAGAGUACAACAAUUGUAGACAAAGCGGCUCCAUAUGUGGCCUCAUUUUCAUCAAGGGGACCAAAUCCUAUUACUGCAGACAUUCUCAAGCCUGACAUAAGUGCACCGGGGAUAGACAUUGUAGCAGCAUGGUCAGAAGCUACCACGGUUACAGGGGACGAAGGAGACACCAGAGUAGUUCCAUACAACAUAAUCUCUGGGACAUCAAUGUCUUGUCCUCACGCCACUGGUGCAGCUGCUUAUGUUAAAUCUUUCAAUCCUACUUGGUCCCCUGCUGCUAUCAAAUCUGCACUUAUGACAACUGCUACACCCAUGAGUACAAAAACCAAUAUUGAUGCUGAAUUUUCUUAUGGAUCCGGUCAAAUAAAUCCCAUAAAAGCUGCAGCUCCCGGUCUUGUAUAUGACAUAACUGAGGCUGAUUUUGUGAGCUUCUUGUGCGGUCAAGGAUACAACACCACAACUUUGCGACGCAUCACUGGCAAUAACAGUUCUUCUUGCACCAAAGCCAAUAAUGCAACAGUUUGGGAUCUUAAUUAUCCUUCAUUUGCAGUUUCUGCAAAAUCUGGACAAGUCACUCGGGUUUUCCACAGAACUGUAACAAAUGUUGGUAAUCCAGUAUCGACUUACAAAGCAACUGUAACUGCUCCACCUCAACUCAGCAUUCAAGUGAACCCCAUUACUCUUUCCUUCAAAUCAUUGGGGCAGAAGUUGUCUUUUAGUGUUACUGUUACAGCAGAAAUUCCACAAACUAUAAUCUCGGGCUCUUUGGUAUGGGAUGAUGGGGUGCAUCAAGUCAGAAGCCCUGUUGUUGCACAUUCAUAUGCUUAA